AUGUUACCAUGGGAAGACCAGGACGACCCUGUGGAGGUGUAUCUCUUGGACACUAGCAUCCAGACUAAUCACCGGGAAAUCAAGGGCAGGAUCAUCAUCUCUAACUUUGAGAGAGUGCCUGAGGAGGUGUGGCUGAGCACCCAUGCGCCCAGGACUCAGCAGGAGGGCAAUUGUGAAGGCCAUGGCACCCACCUGGCAGCCCUGGUCAAUGGCCAGAGUGUUGGCGUGGCCAAGGACACCAACAUACACAGCCUGCGUGUGCUCAACUGUAAAGGGAAGGGCACCGUCAGCGGCAUCCUCAUGGGCUUGGAGUUUAUUUGGAAAGAGCUGGUCUCCAAUCCCUCCAAGCGCAUGGUAGUGCUGCUGCCCCUGGUGAGUGGGUACAGCCAGAGCAUCAACAAUGCCUGCAAGGUCCUGGCGAGGGCUGGAGUAGUGCUGGUGGCCGCUGCGGGCAACUUUCAGAGAGAUGCCUGUGCCUACUCUCCAGCGUCAUCUCCUGAGGUCAUCACUGUUGGAGCUAUCAAUUCCCAGGACCAGCCACUCAUCCAGGGUCCUCUGGGGACCAACUAUGGAUCCUGUGUGGACAUCUUUGCUCCUGGGAAACGCAUUGUCAGUGCCUCCAAAGACUGCAAUGUUUGCUAUGUAACUCACAGUGGAACUUCGCAGGCGGCUGCCCAUGUGGCUGGCAUUGCAGCCCUGAUGCUCACUGCCCAGCCAAACCUCACUGUGGCUGAGCUGAGGCAGAGGCUGAUCUACUACUCUAUCAGCAAUACUAUCAAUGACACCUGGUUCCCGGAGGAGGAGCGAUUCAAGACCCCCAACCUGUUGGCUGCACUGCCCCCCCACACCCAGGAAACAGGUGGACAGCUGUUCUGCAGGACUGUGUGGUCAGCAUCCUGGAGCCCCAGGCUGACACACGCUGCUGAGGCUCACUGUGACCCGGAGGAGGAGCUGCUGGGCUGCUCCAGUUUCUCCCAGAGUGGGAAGCGGCAGGGCGAGCAUGUGAGGUUCCUAGGGAACAGACGCAUUUGCCUGGCAUUUGGAGAUAGCCAGGUUUCUGCGGUGGCCAGAUGCUGCCUGCUCCCCCGAGCCAACUGCAGCAUCCACACAACUCCUUCAUCCUUGGUGGGGCUGAAGACCUACACCCACUGCCCAGAUCCUGACCAAGUCCUCACAGGCUGCAGCUCCCAUUGGGGGAUAGAGAAUCUUGGUGAUUACCCACAUACUACAAGGAAACGAGAUCCUAAUCAGCCCAGAUGGUGUGCGGGGCACAAAGAGGCCAGUGUCCAUGCUUCCUGCUGCCAAGCUCCGGGCCUGCUAUGCACAACGAAGUACAGGCGUUUCAAUCCCUUGGAGAAGGUCACCGUGAGCUGUGACGCAGGCUGGACCCUGACCAGCUGCAGUGCCCAUCCUGAGACCUCAGUCACCCUGGGAGCUUUCCCUGUGGACAACACGUGUGUGGUGAGGCACCAGGAUUCUGAGGAAACAGAAAGGGCCGGUGAGGAAGGACCAGUAACAGUCACCGCCAUCUGCUGCCAGAUCCAGCCCUCAGGCCAUCUGUAG